AGCCACACACAGUUUCAAGUCGUCGGUCCAAGUGGUGCGCAAAGUCAAAGUUUUGUUCAAGUGCUGCGAGCGCCUCCCCCCCUACUCUCUCAGAUUCGGUUACGUAUCGGCGAGCAACGGUUAAAAGCGUUAUUACCAAAUACACAACAGCAAUAAACUAAAACCGCACAAUGAAGAGAUUUUUAGUUGUGUUUGUGGCAUUAUUCGGAGCCGCUGUGGCCCAGUCGAGCUUCAAGUGCCCCGAUGAUUUCGGCUUCUAUCCACACGAUACAUCCUGCGACAAAUACUGGAAGUGCGACAAUGGCGUCUCCGAGCUGAAGACCUGCGGCAAUGGUCUGGCCUUCGAUGCCUCAGACUCCAAGUUCCUCACCGAGAACUGCGACUAUCUGCACAAUGUGGAUUGCGGUGAACGCACUGAGUUGGAGCCUCCAAUCACCACGCCUCACUGCUCGCGUCUGUACGGCAUCUUCCCCGAUGAGAACAAGUGCGACGUGUUCUGGAACUGCUGGAACGGCGAGCCAUCCAGGUACCAGUGCUCACCCGGCCUGGCCUACGAUCGCGAUGCACGCGUCUGCAUGUGGGCCGAUCAGGUGCCCGAGUGCAGGAACGAAGAGGUUGCCAACGGCUUCGCCUGCCCAGCUGCUGGUGAGCUGGCCAAUACUGGCUCCUUCUCCCGUCACGCACAUCCCGAGGACUGCCGCAAGUACUACAUUUGCCUGGAGGGCGUGGCACGCGAGUAUGGCUGCCCCAUUGGCACAGUGUUCAAGAUUGGCGACAGCGAUGGCACUGGCAACUGCGAGGAUCCCGAGGAUGUUCCCGGCUGCGAAGACUACUAUGGUGAUCUGGACUUGAAGAGCAUCCGCAAAAGCGAGCUUCUAGCUGGAUUGAACACUGAAGGUCGCACUAAGAACGCGCCCAAAACCAAAGCUGCCACCUCAUAAACAUAACAACAACAAAUAUAAGAACUAAAACAACAACAACAACAGCAACUACAAUACUACAACUACAACAAUAUCAACUCGAAUCCUUUGCCCAACUACUUUCCCACUACUCUCACAUCACAAAGUCUMACCUCUAACAA